CGCGAUUUGUAUUUUUUCCUUUUCUCCCAUUCGCGAUAAAAAAGACUGGAUACCACGGAACCCGAGAGAAGUUUUCAUGUUUCGUUCCCUUAUAAAACCCUCCAUCCUCCCAUCCCCCGCCUCAUUCUCCCUCCUCCAUCCCGCUUCUCGACCCAUCAUCCCGCUUGCAUUCCAGCAAAGACACCUCUUCCACACCACCAACAGCACCAUGGUUCGCGUACUUCUCACCGGUGGCUCCGGCUUCAUUGCCGCCCACGUGCUCGAUGAGCUCCUCGAGCAGGGCCACUCCGUCGUGACGACCGUUCGUACGCAGGAGAAGGCCGACAAGAUCAAGGAGGCGCACCCCAAGGUCGGCAAGGACAAGCUGGACUUUGCCAUUGUCGAGGACAUUGCGCAAGAAGGCGCCUUCGACAAGGCCGUCGUCUCCGAUCCCCCCUUCGAGGCCGUCAUCCACACCGCCUCGCCCUUCCACUUCAACAUCCAGACGUCGGUGCAGAAAGAUCUGUUGGACCCCGCCAUCAUCGGCACCACCGGCAUCCUCAAGUCCGUCAAGAAGAGUGCGCCGAGCGUGAAGCGCGUCGUCAUCACCUCCUCCUUUGCAUCCAUCGUCGACGGCAACAAGGGCACUGCGCCCGACUACACCUACAGCGAGAAGGACUGGAACCCCAUCACCAAGGAGGAAGCUCCCCAGAACGCGGGCAACGGCUACCGCGCCAGCAAAACCUUCGCCGAGCGAGCCGCGUGGGACUUUGUGGAGCAGGAGAACCCCAACUUCUCCCUCGCCACCAUGUGCCCGCCACUCGUCCUCGGCCCCAUCAUCCACUCCCUCACCGGCCUGGACGCGCUCAACACCUCCAACCAACGCAUCCGCAACAUCAUCCAGGGCAAGUGCAAGGAAGAGUUGCCGGCGGGAGCGCCAUACCUCUUCGUCGACGUGCGAGACCUCGCUCGGGCCCAUGUGCUCGCAAUGGAGAAGCCGGACGCCGCCAACAAGCGCUUCUUCAUCGUCGCCGGCCACUUCAACUCCCAGGACAUUGCCGAGAUUGUACGCAAGAACUUCAAGGAGUACCAGGAUGCCCUGCCGCCCAAAGACAUCAAGAGUGGAGGGUACCCAGAGGAGGGUGUCUACAAGGCAGACAACAGCCGCGCGGCCAAGGUGCUCGGGCUUAAGUAUAUCAGCCUGGAGAAGAGCAUUGUCGACACCGUCAAGUCGCUGCAGGCGGCCGGCGCGUAGGCCAUUACGUUUUGAGCGAGUAUGCACUGCGGCUCGAGUGAGUUAGAAAAGAUAUCCCAUAGUACAUAUAUAGUCGUUGUAUCCUGCAAUAUCGUCAGUACUGCCAGUAGUUGUCGAUGCACAGCAAUCGACACGAAUUCAGUGGGAUCAGACUUGAAAGUAAUUGGAUCGUCAACGGACAUUCCGGAGUUAUCGUUCGAAUGAAGAGCAUCAUGUUUGGAGGAGAGAAAUGGAUGGUGUCCUCUUCAAUCCUCCAUGGGCAAUGAAAGAAGCUUUACGACUCCGCCAUUCCGGUUGGUGUAGAACGGGAGAGGGUGCCGGGAGGCCGCAAGCCGGAGCGCGUGCUUUUGCGGGCGA